GCAGGGAAAAUGUUGAUUUGCACAAAGCCAACUGGAUAUUUAAAUGUUUGAGAGUUAAUAAUACAUGAAGCAAUACGAGAACGAGUGCAUCAGUGAAAAAGGUAAUUUCAAUUUCAUUUCAAAUGUAUGAAAUUCAGUCUUGGUUGAGAGAUUUUGCUUGGGAACUGUAGACUAUUUGUGGACACGGUUGACUAGAUCUUUGGAUAACAGAAGUUAGGAUGAAUCACUGAUUGAUCGUCAUUUAGAGGACCAGGAGACAUAUUUCACUUGUCACCUCUGAGGAGUCGUACCCUCAGAUCACCCAUGUCAUACCUUAACUUGUAAUGGAAACCAAUUACUACAGUUAACACCAAACAUUACCGUUUAUUUUACUAAUAGUUAGUUAUUAAUGCUUCUGCUUUUUAACGGCCACAAGUGAAAAAAAAAAAAAAGAAAAUUAGUGAUAAUCUUCUGUAUAACGACAGGAAAUUGUCCACAGCCGUGCAUGAAUGAAAAAAGUGAGGAAUAUUGAACAUAUUAUUAGAAAGCUGACACACACGCAUUCACCUGAUCUAUAUUGAACUGUGACAGUGUAUAAUUGUGUAGCGUAGUUCCUCGUCAGUCUGGAUCAAUUCAGUACUAUUGCUGCUUUACAGCUAGCCUCGGCCUCCUCAUUAACACCUGUUCCUCGGAUAAAACCCGUUGUUAAUCUUAGGAGGUUCGCCGGCAAUAACGUCAGGAUGCACCCGUACCAAUAUUACGUCCAGUAUGUUCCAAUGCCUAUAAAACAGUCAGAUUUAAUGGAAAUGAAAGUAAAUUGGGCAACAUCACCUAGUAGUGCACCAAAACAAGACACAAGUAAGCAUUACCAUAUAUUUGUUGGUGACUUGAGUAUGGACAUGGAACAACAACAGUUAAAAGAAGCAUUUCAACCAUUUGGUGAAAUUUCAGAUUGUAAAAUAAUAAAAGAUCCACAGACACUGAAAUCCAAAGGAUAUGGUUUUGUCUCAUUUGUUAAAAAAGUUGAUGCUGAAAAUGCUAUACAGAGUAUGAAUGGUCAAUGGUUAGGUAGCCGACCAAUCAGAACCAACUGGGCAACGCGGAAACCUCCUGCUCCGGUACCUAAAGAAGUAAAACAAUUAUCGUAUGAUGAAGUUUAUAGUCAAUCUAGUUCUACUAACUGUACAGUAUAUUGUGGUGGAUUAACACAAAAUUUAACAGAGGAAUUAAUGCGACAGACAUUUACCCAGUUUGGUCAGAUACAAGAAAUUAGAGUAUUUAAAGAUAAAGGUUAUUCAUUUAUAAGAUUUUCAGAAAAACAGGCAGCAGCACAAGCAAUAUGUCAAGUGAACGGUACAAUGGUGGCAGAACAACAAGUCAAGUGUUCCUGGGGGAAGGAAUCAAACGAACCUAGUCAGACCAACUCAUCAGCUGGAGGAGGCAGUGGAAAUGGUACACCACAUCAGAUGGUUAGUCAACCAUCACAACAACCGCCUUCACAACAGCAAUAUUCCGGUUCACCUGGUUCCUAUGGCCAGUAUUAUGCCAAUAUGGGUUAUUGGUACCCAGGUGCAUACCAAAAUAUGGGGCAGGGAUACAACAUGCAGUCAGGCUACCCUGCUGGUUAUGGUAGCUAUCCUUACAGCGGCAUGAAUAUGCCAAUGCAGCAAUGGGGACAGAUGCAAAUGCCUCCAGGUCAACAGUUCAACGGUCAACAACAAGGUAUGAUGGGAUACCAAAUGCCACAGGAUGACUUCUACGAUAAAAGUGAUAAAAGUAGUUACGAUCGACACGAUGAAUACUUUAAUGAUGCAAGUCCAGAACUAGGCUCCAAUCACUAUUGACAAUUUGAUCAGAAACCGUACAUGAAAUGUACGACAGAGCAUGCGGCGGAAAAUGGGAAUAGAAUUAAAAAAAAACAUAAAUGAUGUGUAAAUAUAUAUAUGUACAUAGUAUCAGGGAUAGGGGGGACAACUCUAUGGUGCACACAAAUCAUCAUCAUUUUACAUGAGAGUACUUGUUUUUAUGCUGGUUUUAUUUCAUUUUAUGCAUUUUACCAUGGGUUCUCUGACACAAAAAUAUUUUACAGUGCAAUUGAUAAAAGUAUUUUGUAAUACCUUGAUAAUUUUUGACAGAAUGUUGCUUUACUCAAUCAUGUCAGAUUUAAUUGUUUUAGAAAAAGCAUUAUGGUCUUGUACAGAAAUGUUUCUUCACAAAAAAGGUGCAGAUUUCUGGGUAUAUACCAAAGUUAAAUGUAGUUAUUUGUCCAUUUUUUUUCCUUUAAAAUAAUAAUGUCUAAAUUUAUUAUAAUUUUUAAGCCUCUGCAAUAUUUAUGGAAAUAUUAUAUCUAUGCAGAAGGAAAAUAGGAUACAAUAAUGGAAUUUUUGUUGAUUUUAAAUUGUUGCAAGGAUGCAACGAAACAUUUUUCAUUUUUAUAUAAAUAUAUCAAAAAGUGAAAUAGAAAUAAAAUGCUAAGAAAGCAAUUAUUAUAAGAACAAGUUAAAUCAUUAAUGAAUUUAGGUUACAUGCUGCAAUUAGUUUACUGUUGUGUGUUUUUGUAAGAAGAAGUAUUCUCAUUUCUAAUCAUGUGUACAUCAUUUCUCUGCUCAGUACACAACUGUGAUGUAAAUGUGAGGAAUAUGUGUAGAGUGUGGACGAUCGAAGAUUCCAUGUGCAAAAAGUAUAUGUGUGAACUUUCAGUUUCCUUGACUUUGAAUUUUUACAUUACUAUACCUUUGUAUACUUUAAACUGUAGAAUUCUAAAAUUAACUUUAUUAAGUUUGAUCCUUAAAGAUGAAAACAUUGAAGGAAAACAAAAAUGACUAUUUAAUCUUUAUUGUUCUUGUACACAAAAAUACCUCCCACUUUAUCAGAUUAAGUUGAUACUGUUGAACAUGGAAUCUUUAUUAUUUGGGUGAUGUAAAAACUGUUACUUAGCCUCACAGCUUGUGAUCUAUGUCAUAGACAGGGAUAAAGUCAUGAAAAAUUUAAUUUAUGGUAAAGAAAAUGUUUCUGGGCUAUACAAUAAUUUUUUCUUUUAAGUGAUUGUUUCAGUGUGAUUUUUUCUUUGUUUGUUUGGUAAUACAUGUAUAAAUCCUGUAGGUCUAGCAAAUUUACAAUAAUGAGGUUACCUAGGAAAUGGGCUAUUGGUAAAAAAAAAUCAUUUAUUUUAAUUCUCCAUGUAGUAAAUUCUAUGACUGUUCUAACCCUUGUUUGUGGCAUACAUUACAGAAUGUGAAUGUCUUUGUUGAUAUGUAGUGAUCUUUUUACAAGUUAUAUGUAAAGAUUUAUAUCUCUGUUAUAAGAAUUUUCUAUGAUUUGUUGCAUAAAAAUGUUCCUUUUGUUGAAAAAAGACAUGUUUUUUUAACAAUUUGUAAUGGAAAGUAUUAUUGUAUAACAUUGCCAUUUUAUGACUGUCUCUAAAAUGAAAUACACCAAAAAUGUCAUUUUUACCUGUUCCAUCUGAUAUUGCAUCAUAUGUAAAUAUAGCAUCAGAGGGUUAAAGGUCAUCAUUGUAAAAUAAAUGCUUCCAAUUUAAUGUCAUGCUUGUAAUAAUGAUGUUUUGUUGUAGCAGUGUAGUAUAGCACCCUGGUUAAAAACAUUAAAACAUGUAUAGCAAACAUUUUUGUAUUAAAAAAUACUUGGGCUAUUUUCUUUAAUAUUACUAUUUCAAAAAGUCUGAAAAAUAUAAAAAUAUUCCUAAAUUUCCAUUUACAUAAAAUUCUGUGAACUGAUUUGUUAUUGAAAAUCUAGAAUUGAAAGAAUUUAGUUUCACUUCAUAGUGUAGUAGAUUUUCCUACUUUUAAAGUUUUAUAUUAUUGUGUAGCAUCACUGAGUUAGGUGAUACUAAUUUGUGUAUCAAGUAGAAUCUUAGAGCUAACAUUCCUAAAAAAUGAAAGCUGAAUCAACCCAAAAAAAGACAAUUGGCAUUGAUUUCUGUAGAUGAAUGUUAUAAAACGAUCUGCUAGAUUCUACAAACAAACCAUAAUCUGUUUAGACGGAACAUAAUCAUCCACAAAUAUUAUGUAACUGUUCUAUUUUAUAGCAAUUUCAUUCUAUUAAUGGCUUUAUGCGGUGAAUUUAAUUUGCUGUUAAAGCAUUCUCAAGUUUAUUCAAAUGCAGUUUUAUUUUUGGUUAUUUUAGUUCAUUGGCUCUAAAUCAGUAGUGAUUGCUAAGGAGUAUUUAUGAAGUGGUUUUAAUCGGAAUCAUUACUAUUAAUGGAUUUCUCAAAGUAUAAAUACAGAAGAUAAAACACAUAGAUUACAAAUGCAUUUCAUGCAGUUAACAUGUUAUUCAGGAUACUGAUUACCUCAGAGUCAUAGCUAAAUGUUUAUUUGUCCAGUAAGGUAUAAUUAUUUUUUUUAUUUUAUUUUCACAUACCGAUAGUAAAAAAGUUUCCAGUAAAAAAUUAACUACCUGUUGCUUUUCUAUUAAAAUCAAUGGUCAUCGCUACACUAUAUCCUGGUAAUUUAAUUAAUCAGGCAUUUAAAUGUAAUUAUUGUUUAUGAAGAUAUUUUGUGUAAAGAUAACCCUACAUAAAAAUAGUAUAUAAAUGAUUAAAGGAAAUGAUUUAAGAACUGUGUAUGGAUGAACUACAUGAAUAUUAUUGAGUAAUUAUAACCAGGUGUUUAUAGAAUUUGUCAUAUUUAUUUGUGUGACUGUUAAGUUAUAGUGCUGAUGUGAUUUUAAAUGAAGCAACAUUUUUAUACACCCUGUAUAAUCUAGUUGAGUGUUGUUUUAUCAUAGUACAGUCUUGAAAUUAUCCUAUUUGAUUUAUUGGUACUGGUCAUUCCUUGAAUACCACCUGUUAGGUCAGGCAUUAAUUAUUGACAACUUUUGACAUGAAUAAUUAAAAGCCAGAGUAAUCUACACCAUUGAUCCGAGUAAGAUAUCUACUCUAUCACACCAUUAUAUUAUAAGAAUUAAAGCAUUUUACUGCUAAGAUAAGUAUUAUAUUAGUUACAUAUAAUAACAACUUAGCAUGACACUUGACCAAUUUGCACUAAGGUUGUUCUAUUUAUAAGUUCAUAACUCCCCAAUGCAUAAACCAUAUACUCUCUUGCUGACUUAAAGUAACGUGUAUCCAAAUAAGGAAGUUAUCUUUUUAAUAUCAUUGGUUUUAUAUUGUCUUAUGUCUAUUAUUAGUUUUCAUCUUUUAUACAGAUAUAUAUGAUAACAGAUUUGUUUUUAUUUGAGAAAGAAUAGGAUAAUUUCAAGACUUGUAUAUAUAUAAGUUUGAUAAUGUCUUAUUUAUUAUUGUACAUAAGAUAUUUAAAUUGUACAAAAAAAAGAAAUUUGUUGUAUAAAAAUUCAUGUAACAGAAGAGGUCUUAUUUCUUAUUUUUAUAUGAUAAAAAAUGAAACCAACAUUUUGUUUCCAGAAUAAGAUUUGUUUUGUGUUUUUUAUUCAUAUUUCAGGAUGAAACAAUUAUUUUAUGUAUUGUGAAGUUUGCAAUAGUGUACUUAACACGCAUAUAGUCAUAAAUUGCUUUUGAAAUAUUUCCAACUCCAGCUUACAAAAUAAUAACAGUUAUGUCUUGUCAAGCAAACACUCUCUAUUUUAUAAGAAUUAUUUAGUACCAAAAUUGCAUGUAAAACCAGUGCUCACAAGUAGCAUUCAGAUAAAUUGCAUUUGAUUAACAGACCAAUGUAUGUGAAUUUUGUGUCAAAUGUAUGUGUUGAUUUUGACCUUUGCAAGGUCAUAUGUAUGAAACAGUCAUGUUGUUGUCAGGGUGUGAAAAAGACCAAUAAACUUGGUCACAUGUUGUGUGAAAUAGACAUGGUCACAUGUCUUGUGAAAUUGACCGAAUGUGGUCUCAUGUCAUGUGAAAUCGACCUUACAUGGUCAUGUUUUGUUGUACAUGUCUGUUUCAUGUUGUUAUCAUUGAAAUCAUCAUUGUAAAUCAUGUGACAUAAAAGAGAAAAAUAUAAUUUGUACAUAAAAUAUCUCCUUUUAUUCUA